CGGGUCUGGACAGCGCCAGCGUUUUGGGGCCUAGGAGCCGUGGGAGGAGCCGGCGGCUUCACCCUGGUAACCAGAGCGCUGUAGCUGCCCCGCCUUGCAGGCCUCAGGACUGUCAUCGCCUUUGGGUGUGGGGUACUUUGGCCAGCGUCCCCGGAAAUAGCCCCGCCGGCCUCUCAGACACCCCCAUCCUCCCCACGCCGCCGUCGCCGCCGCCAUGCAGGGGGAGGACGCCAGAUACCUCAAAAGGAAAGUUAAAGGAGGAAAUAUUGAUGUACAUCCAUCAGAAAAAGCACUCAUUGUUCAAUAUGAAGUGGAAGCUACCAUUCUUGGAGAAAUGGGGGAUCCCAUGUUGGGAGAACGAAAGGAAUGCCAAAAAAUCAUUCGUCUUAAGAGUCUCAAUGCCAACACAGAUAUAACUUCCCUGGCACGAAAGGUGGUUGAAGAAUGUAAACUCAUUCAUCCCUCAAAGCUAAAUGAGGUAGAACAGCUGUUGUACUAUCUCCAGAACCGCCGUGAUUCAGUGUCAGGAAAAGAAAAAAAAGAAAAAUCAAGCAAGCCUAAAGAUCCACCUACUUUUGAAGGAAUGGAGAUUGAUGAAGUUGCUAACAUUAAUGACAUGGAUGAGUACAUUGAGUUAUUAUAUGAAGAUAUUCCUGACAAGGUUCGGGGUUCUGCUUUGAUCCUACAGCUUGCUCGAAAUCCUGAUAACUUGGAAGAACUACUAUUGAAUGAAACUGCCCUUGGUGCAUUAGCAAGAGUCCUCAGAGAAGACUGGAAGCAAAGUGUUGAGUUAGCUACAAACAUAAUAUACAUCUUUUUUUGCUUUUCCAGCUUUUCUCAGUUUCAUGGACUUAUCACUCACUAUAAAAUUGGAGCUCUAUGUAUGAAUAUCAUUGAUCAUGAAUUAAAAAGACAUGAGCUUUGGCAAGAAGAACUUUCUAAGAAGAAGAAAACUGUUGAUGAAGACCCUGAAAACCAAACCUUGAGAAAAGAUUAUGAAAAAACCUUUAAAAAAUACCAGGGGCUUGUGGUAAAACAGGAACAGCUCUUACGAGUUGCUCUUUAUUUGCUUUUGAAUCUUGCUGAGGAUACACGUACAGAGCUGAAGAUGAGGAACAAGAACAUAGUUCACAUGCUGGUGAAGGCUCUUGAUCGGGACAAUUUUGAGCUGCUUAUUCUAGUUGUGUCAUUUUUGAAGAAACUCAGCAUUUUUAUGGAGAAUAAAAAUGAUAUGGUGGAAAUGGAUAUUGUUGAAAAACUGGUAAAAAUGAUACCUUGUGAGCAUGAAGAUCUGCUGAAUAUCACCCUCCGACUCUUACUGAACCUAUCCUUUGACACAGGACUGAGGAAUAAGAUGGUACAAGUUGGGCUGCUUCCCAAACUCACUGCACUCUUAGGCAAUGAAAACUACAAACAAAUAGCAAUGUGUGUUCUUUACCACAUAAGCAUGGAUGACCGCUUUAAAUCAAUGUUUGCAUACACUGACUGUAUACCACAAUUAAUGAAGAUGCUCUUUGAAUGUUCGGAUGAACGAAUUGACUUGGAACUCAUUUCUUUCUGCAUUAAUCUAGCUGCUAACAAAAGGAACGUACAGCUUAUCUGUGAAGGAAAUGGGCUGAAGAUGCUCAUGAAGAGGGCUCUGAAGUUCAAGGAUCCAUUGCUGAUGAAAAUGAUUAGGAACAUUUCCCAGCAUGAUGGACCAACUAAAAAUUUAUUUAUUGAUUAUGUUGGGGACCUUGCAGCUCAAAUCUCUAAUGAUGAAGAGGAAGAGUUUGUGAUUGAAUGUUUAGGAACUCUUGCAAAUUUGACCAUUCCAGACUUAGACUGGGAAUUGGUUCUUAAGGAGUAUAAGCUGGUUCCGUACCUCAAGGAUAAACUCAAACCAGGUGCUGCAGAAGAUGACCUUGUUUUAGAAGUGGUUAUAAUGAUUGGAACUGUAUCUAUGGAUGACUCUUGUGCUGCAUUGCUAGCCAAAUCUGGGAUAAUCCCUGCACUCAUUGAGUUGCUAAAUGCUCAACAAGAAGAUGAUGAAUUUGUGUGUCAGAUAAUUUAUGUCUUCUACCAAAUGGUUUUCCACCAAGCCACAAGAGAUGUCAUAAUCAAGGAAACACAGGCUCCAGCAUAUCUCAUAGAUCUGAUGCAUGAUAAAAAUAAUGAAAUCCGAAAAGUCUGCGAUAAUACAUUAGAUAUUAUAGCGGAAUAUGAUGAAGAAUGGGCUAAGAAAAUUCAGAGUGAAAAGUUUCGCUGGCAUAACUCUCAGUGGCUGGAGAUGGUAGAGAGUCGCCAGAUGGAUGAGAGUGAGCAGUACUUGUAUGGUGAUGAUCGAAUUGAGCCAUACAUCCAUGAAGGAGACAUUCUUGAGAGACCUGACCUUUUCUACAGCUCAGAUGGAUUAGUUGCCUCUGAAGGAGCCAUGAGUCCAGAUUUCUUCAAUGAUUAUCACCUUCAAAAUGGAGAUGUAGCUGGGCAGCAUUCAUUUCCUGGCAGCCUUGGAAUGGAUGGCUUUGGCCAAUCGGUUGGCAUUCUUGGACGCCCUGCCACAGCUUAUGGAUUCCGCCCUGAUGAACCUUACUACUAUGGCUAUGGAUCUCGAUAAAGUCAUCCCUCUCCAUUUGUGCUCUCAGCUUAGAAGAGAUCUGUGUGGGUCGGGUUAACUUUGAAUCUUGGCCUAAUAAUGCAUGUUGAUACUAUUGCGGGUCUGUGUUUCUUUUUACUUUUACAUACUGUUAGCUGCAGGUUAACUUUGACCCCUUCUGUCCUGUGUUAAGUACAGUUGAUGCUUGACACUGUUCACUCAUCAAACCACAUCCUGAUGCUGAAUAACAUUUACCAUGAGACUCAAAAGUGAAUGCUGAAAAGCAACUAGACUGGAAAACAAACACUACAUUAUGUACAUUAAUUGAUUAAUUUCUAUUAAAAAGAAGCAUAAAGUACAAAUGAA